UUGAAAGGAUCCCAACACGGAAGGGAUCAGACUCGAGAGCAGAGAAUCUACCCAGAAGAGUCGAAAAGAAGGCCAACGCUGGGUCGUUAUCACAUAACACUUCACUGUGAUGACGGCCUCCUCAAGGGCACCUCCGUACUACGUGCUUGCAUCUCACAACACACUCCAGUCCACCACAUCUGCACAACCCUCAACCGUACUUGCCCACGUUGACAUACACUAUCGUCACGCCGACGACUCUCCGCUGUCAUUACUUCCUAGCCACCCAGAUGAGCAUGUGUUCGUCCUCUACCACGACCCAGACAACCCCACGGCUCCAACCAUCAGGAGCACGUCAAGUCAGUUUUCUCUUUCAGGAAUUAAGGACAAGAACCCUAACAUGUAUGUCCUGCAAGUGACCUCCAUCGAUGCGGAUAGUAGCCAUGUCAAUUUAGAAUCAUCACAGGCAUAUCCGCAGAAUCCCCAGGCAUUGGUGACACGUUUCAAGCAAAGGAACUAUGCCAUUCGCAAUAUCUUGGAGUACACAGGGUAGAGGAGCCGAAAUCCUGUACCAAUGGCUCGAUGGCUCUCCACACCACCCCAGAUGAUGCUGAUGCCAUUAUUUCGCAAUUGAUUCGCAUCACACCAGUUUGUAAGGAUGUAUUAUUGCUGAGUAAUGUCAUUGCAUUGUGACGUAUAGACCACCCCAUUGUGCUAUUGACCCAUCAA